AUGGCCGACUGGUCAUAAAAGCGGCUUGCUGUCAAAAUAUUACGAUUGAGAAUAGUUUUGAUAUCUUAUAUGAUUCAUUUAAAAGUAUAUAAACAUAUACCAGUUUAUAUUUUUAAUAAAUUUAAUAACCUGAAUGCAUUCACCUUAUAGUAUUUUAUUACGUUAUCAAAUAUAUCUGCGAAGGACGUAUACACCUUUGCAAUUCGAUUCGUGUCGUGCUUAUUGAAGUUAUCUCGUCCUAUUUACCGUUCCAAAAUGAACGAAGACAGUGGUGAUGAGUCGCCUCCACGAUCCAAAAGAAAGAUAAAGAGAGUUAUGAUAGUCUCUUCUAGUUCCGGGUCGGACAGCGAAGAUACCCUUGCUUUGAUCAAAACACGUAAAAAAAAGCUCAGGAUUAUAAGUGACGACGGGACAAGUGACAGUAGUGGCAGCUCAGUAGUGUGUUCCGCCAAAAGAAAUCGCAGCGUACCAAAGCUGAGAGAUUCAGAGCUCGACAGUGACUCAUCAUUAGAUGUUAGGGGCUGUGAUAAUAUUGCAAUGGCAUCUACAUCCAAACAAACAUCUGGUUUUGCAUCUGACAGUUCAGAGGGAAACUCUGAGAAAUGUUCUAUCUGUUUGCUACGCUUUACCAAUCAAAAGAUUGGUACCCCAAUAAAUUGUUUACAUAUAUUUUGUUUGGAUUGUAUUACUGAGUGGUCUAAAAAUGUGAAUUCAUGUCCUGUGGAUAGAAUAACAUUUGAAUCAAUAGUUGUUCGAAGCUGCAUCGGUGGAAGUGUGAUCCGGACUGAGCCAGUCAAAGUUAUGGAGCGUCGCCCCUCUUUUGAUAUACUUAUGGCCACUGUUUGUGAAAUAUGUGCAAGAGCUGACAAUGAAGACACAAUGUUGUUGUGUGAUGGUUGUGAUCUCGGCUAUCAUAUGCAAUGCCUCACACCACCCCUUACUGAGGUUCCAGCUACUGAACAAUGGUUUUGUCCAAAUUGUGACAUUUUUGAUGUAAUGGACUUUAUUGAUAUAGAAGAAGUAAGUGACCUAUUGGAUGAAGCAUCCGAUCUUGGUAUGCCAACGGGGCCACGACCAUCUCAUCUAAGAGCUCAUAGGACUACUCAUAGACCAGGCAGGCAAUCUAAUCGAAAUAUAAAUUCUGCAAGUGAUGAACAUAAUGAUGGUAAUAGCAUUGAAGAUAGACCAAGCACCUCAUCAGGCACAAGAGGUUCUUACAGAUCUAGGACAAGAGCUAUUAGACAAACAAGCAAGAGAACAAAUAGAAGAACUAGAAACGUAAUUAUUGAAUAUGAAAUAGAAGAGAACGGAGAUCACCCCCUUGCCAGGAGAUAUACAGUUAGAAAGAAAAAGAGACAAAGUAAGCGUCGGCCACGUACUGUGGGCCGUCGCAGUCACGUGCAACGCAGCGUCCGUGCAAGACUACAAUCGCAGCGGGGCACGGUUGAAGCGCACAAUCUGCCUCACCCUCGACUUCGCGAAGCUCUUCCCACCCUCGACCUCUUCGGGACGGAUCCCCAACUGGACUUGUACUCCGACGAUGACGUCGCUAUCUCUGAAGGUGCUUCCACUAUGGUCGCCACGCGCCCCACACCCACGAUUCUUAAUGCAUAUAGACAGGCAAGAAGAAAAAUGAUUACUGUUCCAUCUCCACAACAUGCAUCGUCAGCCCCAGACAUACUUUCGAGUAUAUUAGAGAGCCAGACAAUGUUUCUUUCUAAAAAAUCCAUUGUCUCCGUAUCUGUUGAUGGCAAUGUAAACAUAAAAUUGCAAAAGUCUAAGAGUAUAACACCUAAUUUGCAGCAAAAACAGAAGAAGGAUGAUAAAAUUGAUUUGUCAAAAUAUGACGAUUACGGAAAGAAAGUACCCUCGUACCCGGGACAGUCGCGGGGUGGCGGCGGUGGUUGGGGAGGCGGUUAUAGACCUCCCCGAGACCCGCCCCGAGGAGGUGGUCACUGCGGCCGUCCCGCUUACGACAGCUACAGGCAACCGCCUGGAAGCGUCUAUUCGGAUAACUAUAGAAACAAUAAUAUGCGACGCAAUUCAGAACCGGACUUUUUUGACAACUUUCCUCGGCGUCCUCAUCAGUUUCCUCCAAACGAUGAGAACUAUUUUGACAGGCAGAGAAGAAAUCUCCAGAACGAUCCUAAUAGACCCCAACACUUUUCCGACAACUUUAGACACGAUCAAAAUCAAGGCAGAUUUAGUACAGGACCGUCAUGGCAACCGUAUGGGAACCCUCCGCCUGUGGCUCGCCAAGAUGUUCCCCCUGCGACAGCCAGGCAUUCGUUUGGCGGCUUCGAGAAUCCACUAGACAUGAGAAUGGGGCAAGUUCCAUUUACGCCAUCAUCGGUUCCAUCUUAUUCGAGGUUGGAAUCAGCUGCAAACUCACAACAAAAACCACAACCGCUGCACCACAGAGCCGAAGAUUCCCUUUCGUGUCGGCCUCUUGCGCAGCCACCGUUGCCGAAUUUGUCCAGAUCGGUUGAUUUGGAAAAAUCUGAAGACGAGAAAAGUGAUCCGGGUCUCGUCAUUGAUACUGAAAAGUAUGACCCAACUGAACCCACAAAUGAUGACGACAGUGGUGAGGAUCAAAAGUAUUCACCACAACCGUCGCCAACCGUGGCUACCGCGGCAGCGCCAACAUCCGGACCGGCAACUGCCUUAUCGCCGCCUUCUAAACCUUUGCCAUGUGUCGAAAAUAUUCUAGCUGGGAUCGACACAAGUAAAAUAAACGUGCCACCAAACAUUUUAGACAAUGCUGUGAGACAAGUAUUACAACAACAUAGAAACUUAAUUGCCUCGCCUGUUGUCACUAAUACUAAUGAAAAGAGUGAUGAGGACUCGGACGGAGAUUGCCCGAACUUUUCUAUAUACUCUGCGACCAGUGUGCAUAUAGCUAAUAGUUGUGGUGUAGCUGAUGAAAUAGAGCAAAAGAAACCUCAGCACAAUAGUAUGGAAGAUCUCGUACAAGAAGAUGAUGAUGUUCCAACACCUGAGGUGGCGUCCUCAAUAAAGUCGGAUAAUGAGAAUCCCGUUGAGACACAAGAGCAUCAUACAACAAACAUUUCGGUUCCUGUCUCCAAAACUCCUGCGUCCAAUUCUGAAUCCAAUAGCAUAAAAAGUAAAACUGAAGAAGAGUAUAAAGAGAAGGUGUCUAAAAGAUGUCCAAUAACCACCAGUACUCGAAAUCCUAUUAAAAUCAAACUUAACACGCCUUCACUAAUUAAGAGGGUAUCGUUAUACGACGAAGAAGAUGGUAGUCAAUAUACAAACGACAAACCAGACAAUGUGACAGAAGAAAAGAUAGAUACCGGCACACAACUAAGCGAGAAACAUGACAAAAUCUCAGAUGAAAAUAUUGCUGAAAAGUCACUUGUGCUUGAAAAUGAUGUAUUAAUUAAUGAAAAAUUAUCUUUUACGAAAAACUUGUCAGAGGUCAGCACUACAGGAGCAAGGGAGAAUAUCAAUAAAGUAGAUGAAAUAGAAUUAUCUAGUGAAAUUAAAGACGAUAAAGAGAAACAGGAUGAUUCUGACGAGGAAAAAAUAGAGGAGGAAGAAGACAUUUGUGAAAAAGAUGUAUGUACUUACUCUAAAGAUGACGACGAGAUCCAAGACAAAGAAGAUGACGAGAACCUAGAAAAAAUGACAGAAUCUAUCAGCGAGACUGAAGAUGAGCGAAGUUACACGCCAUGUUUGGACGAAAACAAACUUAAAGAUGCCUCUUUCGAGACGGAUAAAGAUAAAGCUUUAGAAGGACUAGAUACAGAAAUGAUAUCUGAAGAGGAAGAAAAUGAAAUGUUUUCAGAAAAUGAGCGACCGAAAUCGGAGCAGUCAGAACCUUCUCCAAUCAAAGUCAAACCAGUAGAACAAUCACAACCUGAUCUGAUAGAGAAGAAGAAAAGUGAGAAGAAAAAGAGUGACGGCCGAGAAGAUAAAAAGAAAAAGAAAAAAGAUUCCAAAAAGGAAGGGAAAGACAAAAGUAAGAGUAAAAAGAAGGCAGAAGUAGCUUUUAAGAAACUGAGUAAAAGUGGCAAAGAAAGAAAUUACAGAGAGAGGGAUAAGGACGAGAAGAAAAAGAAAGAUCGACGAUCGUCGAGCGAGCCGCCCGAGUCUAAGAAGAAGCGAAAGGAAAAGCGUAAAGAUAUGGAGCGUUAUGAUGUGCGCACUCUCGUCAGCGAAAAGCGGAGGAAAGUGAAAGAUCCCUUCGGCCGAGACGUUUCGCCUCGUGCGCGUUCUCCCUCACGUUCCGUGUCGCUUGAGCCUGUUACACGUCCGCGCCGCCGCUCUUUAUCGCGUGGCCGGCGAUCCAUUUCACGAGGACACACGUCACCCAUUAGAAACCGUCGCACACCGUCACGACCGCGACGAUCUCCUAUUCGCCGAUCGAUAUCUCCUGUGGGUCUUCGGGAAUCGCCUCGUCGGCGCUCCGCGGGACGCAUCGGGCGUUCUUCUCCAACGCGCAGAGGGCUCCGGCGUUCGCCCUCCCCUCGCUCCCUCACUCCGCGUGUCUCGCCGCGGCGCCGUUCUCUGCCUAGGAAGAGACGCCGCCGCUCCGGUUCGCGUCCGCGCCGGAAACGUUCGCCAUCUCCGAGUCCACGACGCGCUAACAAAAAGAAAAAGCGUAUUCGGUCGGAUCGUUCUCCAUCCCGCCGACCCAACAAAUCACCGCAGAAAUCACCGCACAGGAAAGCGAGAAGUAGUAGAUCGCCUGAGCCGUCUCCGAUUCGUCAGAUACCUUCACCGUCCAUCGAUUCGCAACUUCUGUCACCCCGUACGCCGCCCGAGCCGCAACUUCGAGCGCCUUCCGAGGACGUGACCCGGCGAAGACGGCGUGACAUCGAUCGCCCGCGCCGUCGCGUCAGGGACCCGCCUGGCCCUUCCAAGGAAGUCUUCACUUCAGGAGAUAACAUUUUAGUCAGCGUCAGUUUUAAAGAUCAAGAGAGGUGCGAAGAAAAUGAGCGACGACGACGUCGAGAAAACAAACGGGAUCGAAGACACCGGCGCCGCAAUGCCGCGCCCAUCGAUACAGAGGCCAUCAAGCCGGUCGCAAUCAUCGACCUUGACCGUUCACCGUUUCGCGAACUGACACCCUCGCCCAAAAAUGUCAUAGUACUCAGCGACAGCGAGCCCGGUGAGCGAGACACCGCAGAAGAGCAUGCGCCGGCGCCGGAGGCCGCGCAGCCUCCGAGCGAGCAACCCUUCGUUGGAGCCGGACCCAAGACGCCGCCCGAGCCGAGCGGACCCGAGCCAGCUAUGCCGCCGGUCGCCGCCGUAGGUCCGUCGACGGCGCCGCCGACCUCGGAACAGCCGCAGGCGGCUUCGCCUCAGCUGGAUUCGCACUCCCCAGACGCAUAUGAUCCAUUCGAGCCGACCCGGUCGGCCUCCGGGUCACCCGGCUCGGCGAGAUCGUGCGCUUCCGCAGACGAUGCGCCGACGCCGCCGCGGACUCUGAUGACACUGGAAGCGGCGCAGCGAACUAAUAUGUCGGCGGACGAGGUGCUAGACCGGCGGCCGCUCUCGCCAGCAGAAAAGGUGCUGGCGUUGCUGCAAUCUACGCGGGACACGUCGCCGGAGCCUCCGCCGGGUGAGGCGAAUGAGCCGGCAGGGGCCGGAGCUGCGAUACCGCAGCUGCAGCCCCGAAUCGUGCUGCCGUCGCCGACGCGUGCGCCCGCUAAGCUGUUCCCAGGCAAGCCUUCGCCGAUCAAGUCCAACCCGGUGAAGCCGAUGCAAGCUGUCCGACCCCCUUCCGAAGGGGGCGCCUCACCGUAUUCGCCCGGAUCUUCAGAUUUCGGCGACCUGUUCGAGCCGAGGGACUCGUUCGAGGCGAUCCUUCGCGGCCGUCGCGGCAAGAACGCUGCCAAGGUGCCGGUUAAACUCAACAAAAAGAAAGGAAAGACGCAGGUAGGCGUCAAGAUAGACGAUGAGAACCUUAAGAUCUUGGAUGAACUGCCGAGUUCUGCGGUCGAAAUGCAAGUCAAGAGCAAGUUCCUGAAGAAGCUGAAUCGUCAAGAGCGUGUUGUAGAAGAAGUGAAACUGGUGCUGAAGCCGCACUACAACAAAAAGCACGUCACCAAGGACGAAUACAAGCACAUACUGCGGCGCGCCGUACCCAAGAUAUGUCACAACAAGACGGGCGAGAUCAACCCAGCCAAGAUUCAAUCUCUUGUGGAGGCCUACGUCAAGAAGUUCAGGAAAAGACGCAAACUCGGCCUCGCCUAACCUUUACACUCAGAUUCAUUAUUGUAAUAUAAGUCAGUAUAAUUUAUGUACGACGUUUUAAUGUUUUAUUAUUUAAAUGUUACAGAUUAUUGAAUUUAUUUAUAAAAAUUGAGGUCCGAAGGAGCAAAAUUAUCUGUAAAGUAAAUAGUCUGCAUAUUCUCAACCGAAGUUAGGUGAAUUUAUGUAUAUUAAAUUUUGUAAUAUUACAAGUAUUAAGAUGUGUGGGCUUCAGUAAAUUUGUACAAGAUUUUUUACACAUUUAAAUUAAAAAUCAUUUCAAUAUUUGUAGAGAUUUAGUUCAAUUAUAUUUAGUUGGAAAUAGAAUUUAAGUUUAGGUUAAGGACUAGUAAGGUAGAAAAUAAAUGUUAAUGCAUAAACAAUUAUUUUAUUUUAUCUUGCGUUAUUUAUUUCCCUCACAGCAUAUUCAUUCAUACUUAAUGAAGCAAAAAAGGUUAAAUGUUUGAUACAAAUAAUGUAAUUUUGUUCAAAAUAAUAUAAAUUCCUAGAUAAACAAACAAGAUUAUUU